AAUAGAGGAAGAAAGAGAGACAUUCUCUUUUGAGUACAGUAAAUUUAAAGAGAGAGGGAGAGGGUGCUGUAAGUGUAAAGAAUGCAAGAGGUUUGGGACAGAGAGAAACUUAGGGGAGUAUGCAGUGAGAGAGAGAGAGAGAGAGAGAGAGAGAGAGAGGGGGAAAAUGUGAGUCAGGAGGGAGGGAAGUAAAGAGGAGAGGUGAUGUCAAAGCAGUUGAGCUCAAAGAGUAAACAGAGCUUAAGAUUGCAGCAUGUUUUUAUCUGUUCAGCUGAAGAGGCGCACCCAGCGGGCAGGCCACAUUCUCUUCUCAAACCACAUCUCUGUACCCUGCAGUACCCUACUCAUCAUCUUCCUCCUGUCGGCUCAGGGGACUGCCUGGCCAUAUGAUUACAGGUACCUGUACAACUACUGUCCAGGACCCGAGUGGAAUGUGAUGUGUAGGGGAUGCUGUGAAUAUGAUGUCAUCCACUGUAAAUGUCCUCUUCAAGGGUCUUCGAUAGGUUAUGCAGUGCCAUGCUGUCGUAAUGCUGUAAAUGAAUGCGAUCCCUGCAUCAUCCAUCCAGGCUGCAGCAUAUUUGAGAACUGCAAGCGCUGUAACAAUGGCACAUGGGGCCCAAGAGAUGAUUUCUUUAUAAAAGGGCAGUACUGUGCAGAGUGUCGCCCAGGCUGGUCUGGUGGGGACUGUUUAACAUGUGGAGGAGUGAUUCAUAAGAGGCAAGGUCACCUGGUUCUUGAGAGUUACCCAAACAAUGCCCACUGUGAGUGGACAUUAAAAGUAGACCGGCCUUUCACCAUUGAUCUAAGGUUCAUGAUGCUCAGUUUGGAGUUUGACCACAGCUGUCAGUAUGACUACGUUGAAGUGAGGGAUGGAGAGAGCUUGAACUCACGUGUGAUUGGACGUUAUUGUGGAAAUGACCGACCACCUCCAAUCAAAAGCACUGGCAAUUCCUUGCACAUUCUUUUCAUCUCAGAUGGUUACAAGAAGUUUGAUGGGUUUUUUGCCAUCUUUCAGGAGAGCUCAGAAUGCAUAUCCUCUCCAUGUCUGCAUGAUGGCACCUGCAUCGUAGACUCCUCUCACUCCUUCCACUGUGCCUGCCUUGCUGGAUAUACUGGAAAGAGAUGUGAACAUGUGCUUGAGUGCAGAAGUCCUUUGGUUCCAGCCUAUGGGAAUAUAGAGCAUCUGGAUGUAAGGGUUGGAGGACAUGCUGUGUUCCAGUGUGACCCUGGAUACACAUUAAAGGGUUUCAGGAUGGCCACCUGUUUAUUGGAUGGGUCAUGGAGUACACCAAGUCCACAGUGUGUGCCUGACCAAAACUGCGUCAUUCCACCAAAGCCAGAGCAUGGUGAUCACUUCCUUGUUUAUGGACCAAAUGAUGUACUUAUUGCUAUACAGUAUUUCUGCUAUAAGCUAUACAAAUUGAAUGGAAUCCCUCAGAGAACCUGUCUGGGCAAUAACACUUGGAGUGGGGCAGCACCAACCUGUGUCAAAGAGCUGGACAAAAUUCCUGCAGCAGAUAAUGAACAAAGCAAAGACAAACACAAACCUAUCGGACAAGACGAAGUGGGCCAUGCCAAGAACAAAACUUCACAAGAAAAAGAAAAUGAGUCAAAAACAGUCAAAGAUAUAAAACCACAAAAACCUACCACUGGAAAGGAUAAUGUGGGACAAGAUGGAAAGUUUGGUGAAGACAUGGGCAUAGAUUUCACUAGCAAUUUUGUAAAAGAAAAACCUAAAGCUGAAAGCAAAGAUGCUGAUAGCAGCAUUAACACAAUCAGAAAGAAGGAAACUGGAGAGGAUAAGAACACUCUUAAACCCUUUGACAAAGACACACAUUUAGAUAUAGGAAAGAAAGUUGGAAGUCCAACAAAAGAUUUGAGCACGGAAUAUAUAGAUAUUGUCUUGAUAGACAAUAAGAUGACCGAUAAUCAGACAACAAAGGCUGACAAAAUCAAGGAUGGUGGAAUGGAAAAAGGACAAAAAAGAACUGAUGGACCUCAAUACACAAUAGUUAGCCUGACUGAAGAUGAGAGAGACAACAUUCUUUAUGAAAUAGACACCAUAUACAAAGGAAAUAACACUCAAUUUGUCAAUAGGAAUGAAAUAGAAAAUUUGGGGACACUGCUUGAAGAAACUGAACAACUCCCAACAGCUACUGUUGGAAAUAAUAGCACAACAGUCAUACCAACAGUGAGCAAGCCAACUGACAAAAUGACAUUGAUGGCUAAACCUAUGGACAUGGUCAAAGUGGAUUCAGUGAAUGAAAAGACAUCCGAACAUGAUUUACAACAAGAGACAAAAAAAGAAUUUCAACAAAACACAGACAUGGAAGGUGAAUCUGGGCAGAUUAUUGAGGGUGAAGGGAGAACAUGUCUUCGACUGUCACCAUUGUAUAAUGGUUACUAUAAGUUGGUUCCUGACCUUCCAGAAACAGUGGAGUUCUUCUGUAACCCGCCUUAUGCUCUGAGUGGCAGCGCACAGAGGACGUGUCAGCCUAAUGGCACCUGGUCUGGCACACAGCCCAUCUGUAUGAGAGCCUGUCGAGAGCCCAAAGUAUCUGUGCUGGUCAAACAGAGAGUUCUACAUCCCCAUAUCCCAUCCAGGAAAACACCUGUGCAUAAGUUUUAUUCUUCCUCUGCAGUGACCAAUUUCUUAUGGGAAGUGCAGCCCACCCAUGCCCCUUUCACCAUGCCCCCGCUCCCACAGGGGUUUCAUCAUGUCUACACACACAUUGAGUAUGAGUGUAUGUCACCUUACUACCAGCACUUUGGAAGUGCACGCAGAACCUGUCUGAAGAUGGGAAAGUGGAGUGGACGUCAUGUCUCUUGUUCGCCUGUGUGUGGGAAGCUGACAAACUUUGACCCUCAGAACCCUUCUGAGACUAACUGGCCCUGGCUGGCUGCCAUCUACCGUUUGCCUGUUGCAAGCAAACUAGGGAAGUUAAGUGUGGCCAAGACAAUGGGAGCAAACACUGAACUGAUGGAAGAAGAAAGUGACAUGGAUGGUUGGCAGCUUGUUUGCAGCGGAGCCCUGGUGAACCAGCGAAGUGUGGUUGUAGCUGCCCACUGUGUCACAGAGCUGGGAAAAUUGUAUCCACUUGACACGGCCAAAAUCAGGGUAGUGCUUGGCAAACAGUAUCGCAGUGAUCUGAGAGUGACCAAGGGACUGCAGCGUUUACGGGUAUCCUCCAUCACUCUACAUCCAAACUAUGAUCCCCUGGUGCUGGAUUCAGAUGUGGCUGUAUUGAAGCUCUUGGACAAGGCUCGUAUUGGAGAAUAUGUGCUACCGAUCUGCCUACCAGAUGCUCAUGAUACAAUAGAAGACUCCAGACAAAGAAUGGUGACAGGCUGGUCCCUCGUACCUGACCAGAAGGCUGGAGAUGCUGAGAAAGCACGUGUGGGCCGAGUGAUUCUGGGGGAUGUUGUUCAGUGUGAGCAGGAAUAUGCCAGUAAUGGUGUUCCUAUCAGUGUUUCUGAAAACAUGCUGUGUGGGCAACAGGGUUCUGGCGCAGAAAAGUCAAACAUUUGCCCAGCUGACACCGGAGGGAUUCUUAUUUUGCCUCCUGUCUCCACAGAAUCCCAUCUGACACCUCCACAUGGACAGGGCUCACAGGAGUGGAAACUUUUAGGGUUGGUCAGUUUUGGAUAUGAUUCUUUAAACUGCAAUCCAGAACUUUACACCGUGUACACUCAUGUUGCUAAUUUUGUCAACUUUAUAGAGGAAAAUAUGACAUAGGCUGACGUACAAUAUUACAUCUUAUCUCUGUCUCAUUUAUUUCAUGUAAUACAUUUUCUUCUAUCCAUUAUAAUACUGCAUUAAUGUAUAGGCUUAAAUACACUGGACUAUGCAGUGCACAUAUAUAAGACAUGGACUUAAUUGAAACCUUAUUGUAACCAUUAUAAGGGAAAUAGUCCUAAAAAAACAUAGUCCUAAAACAUUAUUUCAAUGUUCUAGGAAAGAGUCUUAAAACACCAACACUAAGUAAUUUCUUACAUUCAAGUUGGUCUUCAGUUUCUCAGGUGAUAUUUGCUUUGACUAUAAAUCUUAAAAUUGUACAUACAUUGUAAUGUUGCAUUUACCACUGUAAGCACUAUUGAAAGAUGUAUAAAAUAUGUACGUUUUCACAAAUACAGGUGCUUCUAAAUAAACUAGAAUGUUCUGGAAAAGUUUAUUUAUUUAAUUCAACUCAAAUUGUGAAACUCGUUUAUUAAAUAAUUUCAAUGCAAAUAGACUGAAGUAGUUUAAAUCUUUGGUUCUUUUAAUUGUGAUGAUUUUGGCUCACAUUGAACUAAAAAACACUAAUUAAUCUCAACUAAUUAGAAUACUUCAUAAGACCAAUCCUAAUGUUUAUUUGUUUUGUUUGUUUUUUUGUAUGUGUGAAUUGUUGGCCUUCUGGAAAGUGCAGAAUGUUAAUUUACUGUACAUGUACUCAAUACUUGGUAUGGGCUCUUUUUGCUUUGAUUAUUGCCUCAAUUUGGCAUGGCAUGGAGGUGAUCAGUCUGUGGCACUGCUGAGGUUGUCGGAUUUCUUUUACAGUGGCCUUCAGCUCAUCUGCAUUUUUUUGGUCUCUUGUUUCUCAUUUUCCUCUUGACAAUACCUCACAGAUUCAUAUGGGGUUCAGGUCUGGUGAGUUUGCUGGCCAGUCAAGCACACCAACACCAUGGUCAUUUAACCAACUUUUGGUGCUUUUAGCAGCAUAAGCAGGUGCCAGAUCCUGCUGGAAAAUGAAAUCAGUAUCUUCAACAUUUCUUGGUAAAUGGGUGAAGUGACUUUGGUUUUCAAAAAACACAAUGGACCAACACCUCCAGACUCUAGGGCCUUGGUUUCCGAAUGAAAUACAAAACUUGCUCUCAUCUGAAAAGAGGACUUUGGACUACUGGGCAACAGUCCAGUUCUUCUUCUCCUUAGCUCAGGUAAGACGCCUCUGACAUUGUCUGUGGUUUAGCAAAUUCCUUGACACGUCUGUGUGAGGUGGCUCUUGAUGCCUUGACCCCAGCCUCAGUUCAUUCCUUGUGAAGUUCACUCAAAUUCAAAUUCUUGAAUCGGUUUUGCUUGACAAUCCUCAUAAGACUAUGGUUCUCUCGGUUGUUCCUUCCUCUCAACUUCAUGUUAACAUGCUUGGAUACAGCACUCUGUGAACAGCCAGCUUCUUUGGAAAUUAAUGUUUGUGGCUUAUGAAGGGUGUCAAUGAUUGUCUUCUGGACAACUGUCAGAUCUGUGUAGCUUAGUGAACCAACUGAGAGACAAUUUUGAAGGCUCAGGAAACCUUUGCUGGUGUUUUGAGUUGAUUAGCUGAUUUGUUGAGAUUGGGUUUUUGUUAAAUGUGAGCCAAAAUCAUCACAAUUAAAAGAACCAAAGACUUAAACUACUUCAGUCUGUUAAUUUAUUUAAUACAAGAGUUUCACAAUUUAAGAUGAAUCACUGAAAUAAAUUUUUUUUUCCAUGACAUUCUAAUUUAUUAAGAUGGUCCUGUAUUUUUCAUUACUUUCUUAUUUGGGUAACUCAGCUAACUCAUAACUCAUGGAUAUGGACUGCAGUGACAAAAUUAAUUAAAACUAAUAAAAUACUACAACAUUUAGUGUGUAAUUUUGUGUGUAAUGUCAAGCAGAGUUCAUCAAAACUAUGAUAAUUAAAAUGUGAUAAUUAAAUUUUCAAUAAAUUAUUUGGGUGUGAGUGAUCUAA